AUGGAUAGUAAUAUCCACCUGGGUAGUUUGAUAAGUCGACAUGAUGAUGAAGCCACAAGAACAUCUACCUCGGAAGGGCUGGAGGAGGGUGAAGUGGAAGGGGAGACACUCCUGAUUGUAGAGUCGGAGGACCAGGCAUCCGUGGACUUAUCUCAUGAUCAGAGUGGGGAUUCCCUCAACAGUGAUGAAGGAGACGUGUCCUGGAUGGAGGAGCAGCUGUCCUACUUCUGUGACAAGUGCCAAAAGUGGAUUCCAGCCAGUCAGCUGAGGGAACAGAUCAGUUACCUUAAGGGUGAUAACUUUUUUAGGUUUACUUGCUCUGAUUGUUCAGAAGAUGGCAAGGAGCAGUACGAAAGGCUAAAGCUAACAUGGCAGCAAGUUGUCAUGUUGGCUAUGUAUAACUUGUCUCUGGAAGGAAGUGGACGCCAAGGUUACUUCAGAUGGAAAGAAGAUAUCUGUGCUUUUAUUGAGAAACAUUGGACUUUUUUACUAGGGAAUAGGAAAAAGACUUCAACUUGGUGGAGCACAGUAGCUGGUUGCCUCAGUGUGGGAAGUCCAAUGUACUUCCGUUCAGGUGCUCAGGAAUUUGGAGAACCAGGAUGGUGGAAACUUGUUCACAACAAGCCCCCUACAAUGAAACCUGAAGGAGAGAAGUUGUCUGCCUCUACUCUGAGAGUAAAAGCCUCAAAACCAACUUUAGAUCCCAUCAUUACUGUUGAGGGACUUAGGAAACGAGUGAGUCGGAAUCCUGUGGAAUCUGCCAUGGAAUUAAAAGAGAAAAGGUCUCGUACUCAAGAAGCAAAAGACAUUAGAAGAGCUCAGAAGGAGGCAGCUGGCUUUCUUGAUAGAAGCACUUCUUCAACCCCUGUCAAGUUCAUCAGCCGUGGCCGCAGGACGGAUGUGAUUCUUGAAAAAGGAGAAGUGAUUGACUUCUCGUCCUUGAGCUCAUCUGAUCGCACCCCCCUGACAAGCCCAUCUCCUUCUCCUUCUCUGGAUUUCUCUGCCCCUGGAACACCCGCCUCUCAUUCAGCCACUCCUAGCUUACUCUCAGAAGCAGAUCUCAUUCCAGAUGUGAUGCCCCCACAAGCCUUGUUUCAUGAUGAUGAUGAGAUGGAAGGUGAUGGAGUCAUAGAUCCAGGAAUGGAGUACAUUCCACCCCCUGCUGGGUCAGCGGCUUCUGGGACAGUGGUCGGAGGCAGAAAGAAGGUCAGAGCACCUGAACAGAUAAAGCAAGAGGUAGAGAGUGAGGAGGAAAAACCCGACAGGAUGGACAUUGAUAGUGAAGACACGGAUUCCAAUACAUCUUUGCAAACAAGGACUCGAGAAAAGAGGAAGCCUCAAUUGGAGAAGGAUAUAAAACCUAAAGGUCCCAAGUAUACGCCUGUAAGCAUCUAUGAGGAAAAGCUGCUUCUGAAGAGGCUGGAAGCUUGUCCCAGUGCUGUUGCUAUGACACCAGAAGCACGGAGACUGAAGCGUAAAUUGAUUGUCAGACAAGCAAAAAGGGAUAGGGGAUUACCACUUUUUGACUUAGAUCAAGUUGUUAAUGCUGCUCUUCUGUUAGUUGACGGGAUUUAUGGAGCCAAAGAAGGAGGUGUUUCUAGGGUUCCAGCUGGCCAUGCCACAUACAGAACAACCUGCCAGGACUUCAGAAUCCUUGACCGAUACCAGACUGCCUUGCCAUCUAGGAAAGGAUUUCGACACCAGACCACUAAAUUUUUGUAUCGUUUGGUGGGGUCAGAAGAUAUGGCUGUGGACCAAAGUAUCGUCAGCCCUUACACUUCUCGGAUACUGAAGCCUUAUAUCAGGCGUGACUAUGAAACAAAGCCACCCAAACUACAGCUCCUGUCACAGAUUCGCUCCCACCUGCACAAGAGUGACCCUCACUGGACACCUGAGCCUGAAGCACCUCUUGAUUACUGCUAUGUUCGGCCAAACCACAUCCCAACAAUAAACUCUAUGUGUCAUGAGUUUUUCUGGCCGGGCAUUGACCUGUCUGAGUGUCUGCAGUAUCCAGACUUUAGUGUGGUUGUCCUUUAUAAAAAAGUCAUCAUUGCCUUUGGCUUCAUGGUUCCUGAUGUGAAAUACAAUGAAGCCUACAUUUCAUUCCUGUUUGUCCAUCCUGAGUGGAGAAGAGCAGGCAUUGCAACUUUCAUGAUUUACCAUCUGAUUCAGACCUGCAUGGGCAAGGAUGUGACCCUUCACGUCUCAGCAAGCAACCCCGCCAUGCUGCUAUACCAGAAAUUUGGAUUCAAGACUGAAGAAUAUGUCUUAGAUUUUUAUGAUAAAUAUUACCCCUUGGAGAGUAAGGAGUGUAAGCACGCAUUCUUUCUGAGGCUCCGUCGCUGA